AUGUCGAGAAAGCCUCAGACGUGCGCGGAAUGUUCGCGGGGAUCAGCACAAUGGUGCCGGCUCGCUGAUAUGACACACACUGUUGAGAGACAGGCAUCUCAUCCGUCAGACCACCCGUCCACUGGUGGCCCCGAAGCGAUAGGAAAUUCUAUGGACUCUACAUUGAAUGAGAGACUUCUCGGUCUAGUAACGAGACUCUCAAACAGAGUUGAGCAUCUGGAGGCUAGACUAGAUACUACAGGACCGGAAAAACGCCCUUUACCUCAGGAGGAAGGAAUUGAUGAUCGAAUAGAAGAUGAAUCCCUUUCAUUCUCAACAAGGCGGCCGUCAAAGCAGCGCAGGAUUUCGCAAAAAGAGACAUGUCGAGUCCCUCCAAAUAUUGAGGAUAACAGCGAGCCGCAAAAGGAAACUGGAAUCAAACCUAGUUUGCCGGAGCUCGAUGCAGAGGUAGAAGAUGCGGCUACGGUUCUCGAAUUUCUUGCCUGGGGGAGGCUGAAAGACAGUAAUAUUACGACUGGUCUUCGGGACACUUCGGGUGAUUCGGCUUUGGGAUCCGAGAAAGACAUAAUUCAAAGUACCCAAACAUGGGGCCUUUCGCCAGCCUCGGUUUCUGGAAGCCAGUCCAUUGAUACCCUGCAGAUUUCUCAGAUACAGGACUUGCUCCCUACCAAAGCUCAAGCUUUUCUGUUGGUCGAGUAUCAUGCCGAAUGGCUUUUGUUCAUGCAUUGUUCAUUUCAUGCUCCGACGUUACGGCGGGACCUUGAGAAGUUUUAUCUCAAUGAUCAAGGUAACAUCAAUAUGACCAGUUUCGGAUUGCAAUGGACUGCACUCCUAUUUGCAGUAAUUUGUGUGAGCAUGACUUGUGCAAAACCAGCGCAAAUUGGAGACUGGGGAUUUGUUGAAGGUUGGCCCCAUCACAUAUAUGUGUUCGCGGGAAGGUUACUCAUUGAGAAAAUAGGCAAUCAAAGCUCACUAGCAAAGCAUUGGUACCAAGCAUCAGUUGAAUGCCUGAGUGCUGCUAAAUAUCAGCAAAACCAUUCUUGUAGGCUUUUUGAGACGUUUGAAGAUUUAUUCGGAAAUUAA